UGCUACCUGUCAACGCUACACGGAGAAGCGUAGGGCUCAAAUUUGCCGACAUGACACACUAUGCCGAUAAUUUGAGAGCCCCAACGGUAACGCCAGUGACCCGCAUUCGCAAACGGACUUGUCUCGUGUAGGUCGAGCCUAAGCCCGGGCAAGUGAUUGGUGGUGACGCAGCCCUGUGAUAGCUAUGCGAAAGCAACAGCAUAUAACAACAUGACUGGCCUUCUGUAUCUAAUCAGCGAAGCACAGCGAUAGCAGCCCAUCCUUAAACUCUUUGCCUACCAAGACGUACCUCAGUUCAUCACCGACACGUAUUGUUCUAGAGAGAUGAACAUUGCCAUCCCUAGUAUCCGCAAAAGAGCAGCGAGCCGGGACACGACUCCGAGUCUACCGAGCUCACAGAGCUCUAACAGCUCUCACGGCAGUGAGACUACAGCACUCGAAAGAGUGAAGCAGGUCAUUCUCUGUUGCAAGCGGCACAUUGAACGCUUUGCUAGUGCGCCUCGCUCAGCUGUGUACGAAGAUGAGGAGAGCGUGGACUCAUCUUCAUGCUUCGAGCUCCGUCGACCAAAGUCAAACAGCCUCCCUACCCAACUACCCUCACAAACGCACCCCAGACGUGCGCACGCAUCUCGACCUAUACCACUCAAUGUGGCAGUGAUGAGGCAGCAGAGCUACCAGUUCUACAUGGAUGACGAUAACCAUCCCUUCAUAACCACGCCGUCUUGUAUGGAAGGGGAUAGCAGCCAGAAGUCGACGACUUUUAUCACCCCCACCUCUCGGUGACCAUGACCUGUCCUCCAAGAUUUCCUCUGUAGCAAUUCAUCUUGCUCAGAAGGACUGAGAGACCUGGUUUCGACCUCCUUAUUUUUUCAUUCUUCUACGAAGUAACGAAGCGCUGUGUCUGAUUUGAC